UAUAAUAAUAAUCUAUGUAGUUGUACGUAUGUAUAUAGAAAUAGAAAUAUAAAGAUUCGAUUUUUUUUUUCUUUUUCCUUCUCCUUUCUUCACUUUACAAGCUCCCACCUCUACACCAACAAGACUUCACUGAAAAGGCCAGGCCCCUAACAGGCAUUUAAGAUGUCGACUCCAGCUAGGAAGAGGCUGAUGAGGGACUUCAAGAGGCUGCAGCAGGACCCACCUGCGGGUAUUAGUGGAGCACCACAAGACAAUAAUAUAAUGCUCUGGAAUGCAGUUAUAUUUGGUCCUGAUGAUACGCCAUGGGAUGGAGGUACGUUCAAAUUGACCCUUCAGUUCACAGAAGAUUAUCCGAACAAGCCACCAACAGUUCGAUUUGUUUCUCGGAUGUUCCAUCCAAAUAUUUAUGCGGAUGGAAGUAUAUGCCUGGACAUCCUUCAGAAUCAGUGGAGUCCCAUAUAUGAUGUUGCAGCUAUACUUACAUCAAUCCAGUCAUUGUUGUGCGACCCGAACCCCAAUUCCCCUGCGAACUCCGAAGCGGCUCGGAUGUUCAGUGAGAAUAAGCGAGAAUACAAUCGCAGAGUAAGGGAGAUUGUGGAGCAAAGCUGGACGGCCGACUAGCCUCCAGUGCCGGCAUUUGGAAGCCUUCAUCUGACUAAAAUUACUCCUUAAGUUACUGUUUGUGCCAACGGCUUAUAGACUGGGAUGCUUUUGUUGAAUUCCUCGUGACCUGUUAGGCCUAUAUAUUAUGUUAAGAUUGUUGGAUUGUAUCAUAUAAAUUGCAAUUUUAUGCAGACUGCUUUUGGCAUUGUAUCGGAAACGUAUUGCUGGGAACAAUUUUACUUGGCGACGAGCUCCCGCUUACUGGCAACUCUCUGUUGCUUGCGUUACUGUUACUAAUAAAAUUUGCUCUACAUAAAGUGU